UGGGAAUACCACUCGUCUCUAUGUCGGUCACCUGUCUUCAAGGACUCGUUCUCGAGACUUGGAGCAUCUCUUCAGCAGAUAUGGGAGGUUACUCGACUUUUGCCUGGCCUGAAGGUCAAAUGGUGAGUGGGUGGCCUUGGUGGAAAUUCUUGCCGAGUGUUAGGAGACUUUGGAGAUUCUUUCUGUUGUGUCUUUGCGUAUUUUUAUGGCAUUGGCAACAAUCUCAAAAUGGUGUUUAGUUCGUCUUGAAGGACAAGUUUCAUGCACUUCCAGUACUUAAGUAAGUAAUGAUGGCCUUACUGUUUCUGGCAACAAUUUCCGCAGAGUACGAGACGUGGAUAUGAAGCAAGACUUUGCUUUUGUGGAUUUUAGUGAUCCAAGGGAUGCUGAUGAUGCAAUAUAUAGUUUAAACGGUCGAGAAGUUGAUGGGCGGCGUAUCAUAGUCGAACUUGCAAAAGGAGUGCCGCGUGGUCCUGGUGGUGUUCGUGAAUAUCUUGGCAGAGGUCCUCCUCCUGGGUCUGGACGCUGCUUCAAUUGUGGUCUUGAUGGUCACUGGGCCAGAGAUUGCAAAGCUGGCGACUGGAAGAACAAGUGUUAUCGCUGUGGGGAAAGAGGUCAUAUAGAAAGAAACUGCAAGAAUAGUCCUAAGAAGCUGAGACGUGGUCGUAGUUAUUCAAGAUCACCAGUGAGAUCACGAACUCCUCGCCGUGGCAAAGGUCGCAGUCCAAGCUAUAGCCGCAGUCGCAGCUACAGCCGGUCAAGAUCACCUCCAGUUAGAGGGCGAGUUCUUGAGCGUGAGGAUCGGAGAUCUAGAUCUCCAUACAGUAGCCCUGAUCUUAAGAAGGCUCCUUCCAGAUCAAGGAAGCGUAGCUUAACACCUGAUGAAGCCGAUAUGAGGGCUAGAGAGAGUCCUCUUAUUGAGAAAGAGAGAUUGGUGAACAAGCAAGAUGAGAACAGUCAAAGCCCUAUUGAAAGGAGCAAAAGCCCUGUGGGCUAUGAUAGGAGGUAUGAUAAUAGCCCUGUUGAAGCAAAUGGUCACAGCCGCAGCCCUAGCCUGAGGGAUGAGAGGAGCCCUGUUGGUGAUAAUGAUGAACAAAACACUCCAAGAGGCAGCGAGUCACCAUGAAAACUUGGCUUACCGAGUGUUUUCAGGUCAAGAAUAUGCAUCAAGUGGGGUUGAUCUGUGGCCUUUUUUCUAGUUUUGAGAAUUUUUAUGAUAUUGCAUCAUAAUGUUACAGUAGAUUGCAUAGGUUUUGGCUUGAGGAGCAGGAUUUGAUUAUAUGUUACUGUUGUGUAUUAGUGGUGGAGUGUAAUAACUUGCUAGAAAUGGGCUACCUUGUUCUCUUACAGUGGUAUGCAGCAGGUCUUAUGUUUUAUCUCGCUUUCUGUUA